AUAUCGAUAGGCUGGCCGGUACGGUGCAGCUCCUAGAAAGAGAGCAAGAAACGAAGCAAGUCAUCAGAGAGAGCGAGGACGUGCGAGGUUGCUUGCUUGCCUAGCUAGCCACUACGGAGUACUACUAAGGGCCGGGCUUGAGCAUGCUUAUAUAGGACGUGUGUACCGGUAAAGAUACGGUAGCUAGCAGCCAUGGCAUCAUCAAGUGCUACCCUCGCUUUCCUGACGCUCAGCUGGGCGGCGGUUCUCGCCGGCGCGUCGCUGGACACGUCGCCGGUGACGUUCCACGCCGGCUACAUGCCGCUGUUCGGCGGGGGCAACCUCGUGCCGUCGCCCGGCGGCCGCUCCGUCCGCCUCAAACUUGACCGCCACACCGGCUCCGGGUUCGUAUCAAAGUCGGCUUACCACCAUGGAUUCUUCAGUGCUUCCAUCAAGCUGCCCGACGAUGACACCGCCGGUGUCGUCGUCGCCUUCUAUCUGUCGAACGCCGACGUGUUCCCCGGCAACCACGACGAGGUGGACUUCGAGCUACUGGGCAACCGCCGUGGCCACGAGUGGCGCGUGCAGACCAACAUCUACGGCAACGGCAGCACCUCCCGCGGCCGCGAGGAGCGGUACCUCCUCCCCUUCGACCCCACCCUCCGGCCGCACGCCUACGCCGUCGCCUGGACCCCCACGGCCAUCCUCUUCUACGUCGACGGGACGCCCAUCCGCGAGGUGGUCCGCGUUCCGGCCAUGGGCGGCGACUUCCCGUCCAAGCCCAUGUCCGUGUACGCCACCAUCUGGGACGGCUCCGCCUGGGCCACCGAGGGCGGACGCUACAAGGUCGACUACGCCUUCGCGCCCUUCGCCGCCGACUUCUCCUCGCUCGUCCUCAGCGGCUGCGGCCCCGUCGCCGCCGCCGACGACGACGACGACGCCGAGUGCCAGGUCGCCGCGAUGACGGCGGACUGCGCCGUCAUGACCCCCGCCAAGCGCGCCGCCAUGCGGCGCUUCCGCCGGCGGUACCUCCUCUACACGGUGUGCCACGACAUGUACCGCUACAACGGCACCGUCUUCCCCGAGUGCGACGCCGACGACUCGGAACGCCACGACUUCCACAGGUGGGGCGAGUCCAAGCGCGUGUCGCCCAGCAGCCGCGGGUACAAGCAGCCGCGCGCGGACAAGGCCGCCGCCGUCGACGUCGCCGUCGCCGCGCCUGGACGGCCCGACACGUGGCCGGUCAUUGGAACGUUACGUGUCGACUAAUAAUUGGGUUUAUACUACACGAGUAGAGAUACGUCCAGGAUACAAAUCUCAUAUAGCUAGGUACAGUUACAUGGUGCUACUCCAUGGACACACAUAGGGCCUGUUUGGAUCGUAGGAUUUGUAAAGGAAAAGUACAGGAAUCAAGAUUCCUCUAUUUUAUGCACUGUUCAUGCGUUUGGAACACAGGAUUGAGUAUAUCCUUUCCUAUGGAAAGUUUCCUUCACCCAUGCAUUUUGAAGGAAUCAAAACAUCCAGUCUAGGCCA